UUGGCGUUCUUGCGUUUAUAUAGUCGCCUUUUGCCCUUCUGUUGUUGCAAAUCUUGUUGCCUGGCAGUUCCUUUACUGGUUCCUUGUUUAUACCUGGCUGUGAGUUGCCUAUUUGAGCGGUCUGGUGUUUGAGGUAUGGCUGAGAGCAUCCUGAAGCAGCUUCAGUGGGAAGCAACGUGUUCCUUCUGCCGGAACUAUUUCAAAGAUCCCGUCAUUCUAGAAUGUGGGCACAUUUUCUGCCACUUGUGCAUUUUGUCGUGUUGGAAGAGUUUCUCCACCCGCUUUGUCUGCCCUCAGUGCAAGCAGGUAGCAUCGGAGGUGAGCUUCAAGCCAAGCCGCCAACUGGUCAGUGUUGUUGGGUUAAUUGAGCAGCUGAGUUACUGGGCAAAGCAUGAGGCGGCAAGAAGGGCAAAAAUAUGUGAGAUGCACCAACAGGCCCUGAGAUAUUUCUGUAAGGACAAUCAAAGCCUCAUCUGCUUGGUAUGCGACGGGUCCAUGGAGCACCAGUAUCACAAUGUUGUUCCUCUGGAGGAGGCUGCCCGGGAAUACAAGAAUUACUUUGUUAGCGGCAUCAAUUUUCUAAAAGGGGAGAGAGAAGAGGUUCUGAAGCAUCUGUCAAACACAGAAAAGCAAUGUCAAGACAUGCUUAUGCGAACGGCAGCAGAGAGGCAAAAAACAAUGGUGAAGUACCAAGAACUGCACCAGUUCCUCAUUCAUCAACAGCACUUUCUGUUGACUAAGAUGGAUGAGGUAGAGGAUGAGAUUGCGAAGAAGAGGGAUGAGCACAUGGGCGUACUCUUUGAAGAACUCUUCUCCCUCAAUCGAAUCAUUCGGGAGUUGGAGGACAAAUGUCAGCAGCCAGCAGAUGAGUUCCUGCAGGAUAUUAAAAGCAUCUGGAGGAGGCUUGGGAUGAGAAAGAAAUUUAAGAGACCAGUGGUUUACCCACCAGCGCUGAAAUGGAAUUUCUGGGAACUGUUUGACUUAAAUGCCUUUCUGGUGGGUGCUGUAAAGCAGUUUGAAGACAUUCUGGUAUCUGGAUAUCAACUGCUGAAAGCAAACGUGACUCUGGAUCCAGACACAGCUCCUCCCAAUCUCCUUGUGUCCAAGAACUGCAAAGCCUUGAGGUCGACUAGCAAACGGCAGCAUCUCCUGAAUCUCCAUAAGAGAUUUGAUGAGUGCAACUUUGUGCUGGGCUGUGAGGAAUUCACGGCAGGCAGACAUUACUGGGAAGCUGCUGUGGGGAAAGAGGAGGAAUGGGGCCUUGGGAUUGCCAGGAGGUCCGUGAGGAGAAAAGGGUUGACACUUACGAGUACAGAGAAUGGGAUCUGGGCUGUGGGGAAGUGGGGAGGGAAGUACAGGUCCCUGGGGUGCCCUUUUCAUCGCCUGGCCCUGAGUGGGGAGCUGAAGAGGAUCCGAGUGUCUCUGAACUAUGACGGGGGGCGCAUGGCCUUUUUCGAUGCUGAUAGGGCAGACUUGCUUUUUGAAUUCCCGGUGGCCUCCUUUGCUGGAGAACCUGUUUACCCCUUCUUUUGGCUGCAAAGGAAAGCUCAGAUCAGACUGCUUCCCUAAGGCAAUACAUUUACCUCAAAGACUCUUUGGGCUACAGCUUCACUAGCCUCAAUGACUCGUAUCUGUGCCUCACUUCAGCCUCCCUUUACCUCUCUUCUCUUCCUCCCUCCUGCCCCCCCCCUCAAAUAAACCCUCCAUCAGCUAUGGAGCUGCUGCUGCUGCUCAGGGAGACUGGUGUGAUAAUCCUGAGCAAAAAGUAACAAUCUCUAUUCAAAGUGGAUGUUUUGCUGCUUGCUUAAUAGAGUCUCUCAAGAAAUGGAGAGCCUUUAAAAACAAAACAGAAAACCUCCUGGAGAGAAGGGGCUCCUGAUGUAGCAAAGAAGGAGCAAGUGCAUUUGAACCCAGCUGCUCCAGGGAUGACACUUUUCUAUUUAUAUAAUUCUGCAAGGUGAUUUGUACUUGGGAGUUAAGCUGAUAUGAAUAUUCAUUCUGAAAGGCUCACUUCUGCUCACCCUUUUUUGUGUUGUGUACACAGAAUGAUUUCUGGAAUAACUUUUAAUGUAUUGAUUGAUUAAAGGUUUGUUUUUAGUUGCUUCUCA